AUGGGGCGCGCCGCGGCUCUGCUGCGCUGGCUGCUCCCGCUGCCGCUGCUGCUGCUGCCGCUGCCGGAGGGCAUCGCCGCCCAGGGCGUCUACGCCCCGCCCACGGUGAGGAUCAUCCACUCAGGCCUGGCAUGCAACAUCGAGGAAGAACGCUACUCGGAGCGAGUCUACACCAUCCGCGAAGGGGAGACGCUGGAGCUUACGUGCCUGGUGACUGGCCACCCUCGGCCACAGAUCAGGUGGACCAAGACAGCAGGCAGUGCCUCUGACCGCUUCCAAGACUCCAGCGUCUACAACGAGACCCUUCGGAUUGCCAACAUCCAGCGGCACCAAGGAGGGCGCUACUACUGCAAGGCCGAGAACGGUCUGGGCUCGCCGGCCAUCAAGUCCAUACGAGUUGACGUCUACUAUCUGGACGAUCCCAUCGUGACCGUGCACCAGAGCAUAGGGGAAGCCAAGGAGCAGUUCUACUAUGAGCGGACUGUCUUUCUCAGGUGUGUGGCCAACUCCAACCCGCCUGUCCGGUACAGCUGGCGGCGAGGACAGGAGGUGCUGCUGCAAGGAUCCGACAAAGGGGUGGAAAUUUACGAGCCCUUCUUUACCCAGGGCGAGACCAAGAUCCUGAAGCUGAAGAACCUCCGGCCGCAGGACUACGCUAAUUAUAGCUGCAUCGCUUCGGUCAGGAGCGUCUGCAACAUCUCCGACAAGAUGGUGUCUUUCAGGCUGUCCAACAAAACAGCCUCUCCUUCAAUCAAGCUCUUGGUGGAUGACCCAAUCGUGGUGAACCCUGGGGAAGCCAUCACUCUGGUAUGCGUCACAACCGGUGGGGAGCCCCUUCCGACGCUAACCUGGGUGAGGUCCAUUGGUGCCUUGCCCGAAAAGGCGGUCCUGAAGGGUGGGACGUUGACCAUCCCCACCAUCACGUUUGAUGACGCCGGCACCUACAGCUGCAUUGCUAACAACAAUGUAGGGAAUCCGGCGAAAAAGUCCACCAACAUCAUCGUCCGAGCCUUAAAGAAAGGACGUUUCUGGAUCACACCUGACCCUUACCAUAAAGACGACAACAUCCAGAUUGGCCGGGAGGUUAAGAUUUCUUGCCAAGUGGAGGCAGUUCCAUCUGAGGAGCUCACAUUCAGUUGGUUCAAGAACGGGCGGCCGCUGCGCAGCUCAGAGAGGAUGGUCAUCACCCAGACGGACCCAGACGUCUCCCCGGGAACCACCAACCUGGACAUUAUUGAUCUCAAGUUCACUGACUUUGGGACAUACACGUGCGUCGCAUCUCUGAAGGGGGGUGGCAUAUCGGACAUCAGCAUUGACGUUAACAUUUCCAGCAGCACAGUUCCACCCAAUCUGACUGUCCCGCAAGAAAAGUCGCCCUUGGUCACCAGGGAAGGGGAUACGGUCGAGUUGCAGUGUCAGGUGACCGGGAAACCCAAGCCCAUCAUCCUGUGGUCCCGGGCAGACAAGGAGGUCCCCAUGCCCGACAGCUCGAUGCAGAUGGAAAGCUACGACGGCAUCCUGAGGAUUGUCAACGUCUCGAGGGAGAUGACAGGGACCUACCGGUGCCAGACGAGCCAGUAUAAUGGAUUUAACGUCAAGCCAAGGGAAGCUCUGGUCCAGCUGAUUGUUCAGUAUCCACCCGCGGUGGAGCCAACGUUCCUUGAGAUCAGACAGGGCCAAGGUCGGAGUGUCACCAUGAGCUGCCGCGUGCUGAGGGCAUACCCGACCCGGGUCUUGACUUUUGAAUGGCGACUGGGAAACAAGUUGCUUCGGACAGGACAGUUUGAUGCUCAGGAUUCCACGGAGUACACCAUCCGGAGCCUUUCGAGGGACAGUUAUGGGGUUUACAACUGCAACAUCAUCAACGAGGCGGGAGCUGGAAGGUGCAGUUUCCUCGUGACAGGCAAAGCCUUCGCCCCCGAAUUCUACUACGACACCUACAACCCGCUGUGGCAGAACCGAGCCCGCAUCUACACCUACAGCCUCGAGUGGACCCAGAUGAACCCAGAGGCCGUGGACCGCAUCCUCACGUACCACCUGGGCAUCCGGCAGGCUGGUCACGCGCGCUGGUGGGAGCAGGAAAUUGCUGUGAACGGGAAGAUCCAAAAGGGAGAAUUAAUGACCUACAACUUGACGGAGCUGAUCAAACCGGAGGCUUAUGAAGUGCGGCUGACGCCAGUCACCAUAUUUGGAGAUGGCGACUCGACCAUUCGUGUGAUCAAAUAUAGUGCCCCAAUGAACCCUCACCUACGAGAAUUCCACUGCAGUUUUGAAGACAGCAACAUUUGUUUGUUUACCCAAGACGCACAGGAUAACUUCGACUGGACGAGGCAGAACAUCAUCCUCAGAGACACAAAGUACACCCCAAACACGGGGCCCACCGCCGAUAGGUCUGGCUCCAAGGAAGGAUUCUAUAUGUACAUUGAAGCUUCCAGCCCCAGGAAGGAAGGGGAUAAGGCCAAACUUAUUAGCCCGAUUUUCAGCAUCCCUCCCAAAAACCCCUACGGGCCCACAACCACUGCAUAUUGCUUCAGCUUCUACUACAAUAUGUACGGGCAGCAUAUAGGAACCUUGAAUGUUUACCUGCGGUUAAAAGGUCAGACUGGACUCGAAAGCCCGUUCUGGUCUUCAAGCGGAAACAAAGGACAGCAGUGGUUUCAGGCCCGGAUCAAUAUUCAGCCGAACACUUCAUUUCAGGUGGUUUUUGAAGGGAUCCGCGGCCGAGGGAUGGAAGGGGACAUCGCCGUCGAUGACAUUUCAAUUGUGGAAGGGGAGUGCACAAAAUCGGAUUACAUAAACAACCAUAUACCUUCUGGUGCUGUCAGGACGCUGCCACAUAUACGGAUUCUCCCAGUUUUCCUGCUCAUGUCUGUCUUAAGUCAUCAAAGGUGACCUUAUUCCGGCAGAGGCUACAACACAGACGUUCCACGCACCGGCAUGAAGAAAAGAGUCUUUGUAAAACAAACAUUUAAAACAAAAACAAAACAAAAA